AUGAGUGACGACGAUUUCAUAUUGGUGCGUUACAAAGCAAGAGAGAGGCGUGGAGAUCGCGCCGUACAACGUGUACGGCAAAAAGGCAACCAUAAGUCAAGAAAAAACGCACAGUCGCCCGUAGAUGCGAAAUCGGACGAGAAAUGUGCGGAAAACGAGAUGCUGAGGGUGGAGAGAUGUAAGCGAGAGGUGAAAGAGAGCGAAUUCUACGCCAAAUUGCUAUCUCAUAUUCACUCAUCGUCACUGAAAGAUUAUGGCGGGAAAGUUGAUGUUGAUAUUGAUGUUGUGUGCUAUGGGUUAGGGUUGAUAUCAACGUGUCCGAUUGCUCGAUAUCAAUUCUCUCUGCUUGUGUUACUGACGUCGGAUUUGAAUAUUGAGUGCGAGAGGUGUCACGUGUAUGAUCCCGCAUUUGAUAGUGUGGAUCACCAGAUGGUUGUUAGUGCUGGAUUUUCGGUUAUUGAUCAUAACGAGGAGGGACGUCGGUGUGUCGACCGUCGGACCGUAUUCUACAUGCCGCACUGUGGGAAACUGCUUUAUGAUAAUGUGUUGAGAGCAAACUGGUCACGUGAUCGAUUGUCGAUGAUUACUAUUAUUGGGAAUAAGUUCAGUCAUUACAGGGAGAGACUUGUUUGGUGUGAUCUCGAGAGGGAGGCACCGUGUAUUGCACAUGUGUUGGAGUAUGUGACUGAGAGGGAGGUUUCCACGUGUUUCCAGCAUCGUGAUGUGUUUAACGAUCUGGCAAUACACGACUUCACGGUGCCGGCUGAUGUUUGUGAGGAGUUUUGGACUAAUGUCCCGGAUGCUGUUACUGAUCCUUGUGACUGUGAGAUCGUAAGAGCCGUGGCUAGUGUGGAUGACCAACAAUGACAUACAUACAUAUGUAUGUAGUAUAUGUAUAUGUAUAUGUAAAUUGUAUGUAUGUAUGUAUGUAUGUAUGUAUGUAUGUAGGCAGGAUAGGAAGCUCGGAGAUACUUGCUUGUAAUGUUUCCUGUAGGGGCUAUAAGAACCUGAAAACAAUUAGGUUGAUAGGAUAGCACAAAGUCACUGAACUAAAAACUGCCACAGCGUAGCGUAGUGCAUGUUCUUGGAACGAUUGCAGUUUCCACAUCUAGAGGUAUGGCGCAUAUGCGGACGAAGAUGACGUUUCCAAAACUCACUUGGUACGACAGUUGAAGAACUGAACGGGCAUGCAGAAUUUUACGCAGAUGUGUUUGUAGCCAGGGCAGAGUCUAGCUGUCAGAGGAAGCGAUGACAGUCUGUCUCUCUCUUCAUUGCUAUCUCAAACAAUGGCCACUUUCUUUAGUCAAACUUUCUUUAGUAAUUUGUCAGGUGGGUUGUACUAAUUGCAUGCAUAUUUUCUGACUCUUUUAGCAAAGGCAUGCAACAUGUACAUCAAAGUGUCAUCUAGAGCCAUGAAACCUAGCACUUGGUCAAGCAUCCUCGAGCUAGCUGUGGUGGCAAGUGUCUUUUGUCGACCUGUCACCUGUUUGUGCAGUGUAUUCCAAGAGAUUUGGUUUGGCAACACAAAUACAUGGA